AUGAAUCCUCGUCUCUCCUCGACGUCUCUCCCUCGUCUCGCCUGGCCCUCGGCCUGUCGAGCUGUCCAUGCCGGCGCAUCCCGUUCCCUCACCUCCCGGGCUAACGCCGGCGCCGCGCUACUUCCGUCGACGGCCGCACGCCCUCGUCAUGCUUCGUCAAAGCUGCAUUCGCUGGCUCCCAGCCGAAAUAAUCGCCGGUCGUACGCAGGAUGUGGCUGCCGUGGCGCCAAGAGCACCACCACGGCGUACAUUGCGCUUGGCGGCAACUUGGGAGACCGCGUCGCUGAGAUUGAGCGCGCCUGCAGCGAGAUGGACAGGCGAGGCAUCAAGGUCACGCGUACAAGCAGCCUCUGGGAGACGGAGCCCAUGUACGUGACAGACCAGGAUCGUUUUCUCAAUGGCGUUUGUGAGGUCGAGACCGAAUUGGAGCCAAUGGCUCUGCUUGAUGUGCUCCAGUCAAUAGAAAAGGAUCUUGGUCGACGCAAACUCAUCGACAAAGGCCCAAGAAAUAUUGAUCUCGAUAUUUUACUUUACGGAGAUGAGAGAAUAUCAAACGACAGAUUAAAUGUUCCCCAUAUUAGCAUUCCCGAGCGAGAAUUCGUACUCCGGCCACUAUCAGAACUCAUCCCUUCCAAGUCAAUCGACCCCUCUAAACCUUGGAAGCUUGUCCAAGACUACCUCAAUGACCUUCCCGUCGGCGAGCCCCUCUCCUCCGUCACCCGCAUCUCCGCUACUGCAGCGCCGCUCACACCGCUGACGUCCACCCGCAAGUCGCGCCUCAUGGCCAUUCUCAACCUCACGCCCGACUCCUUCUCCGACGGCGGCAAGCACGCGGCCACCGACCUGUCGAGCACCAUCCUCGACAUGGUGCGCGACGGCGCCACCAUCAUCGACGUCGGCGGCCAGUCGACCGCCCCCGGCCGCCCCGAGGUCGGCGCGGACGAGGAGGCCGCGCGCGUGCUCCCCGCCGUCGAGCUCAUCCGGAGCAUGCCCGGGUGCGGCCACGUCGCCGUCAGCGUCGACACGUACCGCGCCUCGGUCGCCGCGCAGGCCGUUGCGCGCGGCGCCGACAUCAUCAACGACGUGUCGGCGGGGCAGCUCGACGCGGACAUGCUACCCACCGUCGGCCGCCUCGGCGCGACCAUCUGCCUGAUGCACAUGCGCGGCACGCCGCGCACGAUGAACCAGCUCGCCGACUACCCGGACGGCGUCGUGCCCGCCGUCGCCGCCGAGCUGCGCGCGCGCGUCGCCGCCGCCGAGGCCGCGGGCAUCCGGCGCUGGCGCAUCAUGCUCGACCCGGGCCUGGGCUUCGCCAAGACGGCCGCGCACAACCUCGAGCUCCUGCGGCGCCUCGACGAGCUGCGCGCCUGGCCCGGCCUCGAGGGUCUGCCGUGGCUCGUCGGCUCCAGCCGCAAGACGUUUGUCGGGCAGGCCACCGGCAUCGCGGACCCCGCGGCGCGCACCUGGGGCACGGCGGCGACGGUCGCGGCCGCCGUCCAUGGAGGGGCGGACGUGCUCCGCGUCCAUGACGUCGGGCAGAUGGCCGCCGCCGCCGCCAUGUCAGAUGCCAUCUGGAGGGUCUAG